AUGUUUGGCCAAAAUGGAUCUAAUAAGCCUACAUGGCUUCACAAACCAAGUCUUUUUGCCUGCGUCUCUCUUGACAAGACAGAAGUCUCCGCAUACUCCAAUCAAAACUGCAACCCCGGAGCAAACGGCGAAGAUGGUCUCGGCGAUAUCGGUGGGGGCUGUGCCGAUUUAGACACACAAUUCACCGCAGCCAGAAUCGGAAGUAUUUACUGA